AGGGAAGAGCGGGCAGGAGGGAGGCGCCUGCGCCAGACGCGGAGGAAAGAAGCUGCGACUAGCCGCCUAGAGGCCGCGGAGUCAGCGAGGACCGAACCAGCCGAGCUGCCGCCGCCGCGUCCCCAUGGCGGCUGCCAUUGACCCUCAUCAGGACUUGGAUACCUCUACUGAGAAUGCAGAUGAGUCCAACCAUGACCCCCAGUUCAAGCCGAUAGUUUCGCUCCCUGAGCAAGAAAUUAAAACGCUGGAGGAAGAUGAAGAGGAACUUUUUAAGAUGCAAGCAAAGCUUUUUCGAUUUGCUUCAGAGAAUGAUCUUCCAGAGUGGAAGGAACGAGGCACCGGCGAUGUCAAGCUCCUGAAACAUAAGGAGAAAGGGACCAUACGCCUUCUCAUGAGGAGGGAUAAGACCCUGAAGAUAUGCGCCAACUGCUAUAUCACGCCAACGAUGGAACUGAAGCCAAAUGCCGGCAGUGACCGUGCCUGGGUUUGGAACACCCAUGCUGACUUUGCUGAUGAGUACCCUAAGCCGGAGCUGCUUGCCAUCCGCUUCCUAAAUGCUGAGAAUGCACAAAAAUUCAAAACAAAGUUUGAAGAAUGCAAGAAAGCGAUUGAAGAGAGAGAAAAGAAAGGACUGGGCAAAAAUGAUAAUGCUGAAAAAGUGACUGAAAAGCUGGAAGCUCUUUCUGUGAAGGAGGGGAACAAGGAGCUUGGAGAGGAGACCGGGGAGAAAUGGGAGAAGCAAUGAAUCGUCUUAAUUUCUUUUCCUUUUUCUUCUUUUUCUUUUUUAAUUUUGCCCUGCCCCUCCUUUUGGGUUUAUUUUUAUUCUGUUAUGUUUUAAUAAGGGACUUUAUAUAAAGAACUGAAUUCCAACAUUCAGGUUUUUUUCUUUUUACCCUAUUGAAGAUGACUUGAGAAAAUCCAUUCCCCAUGAAAAUGUACUGUGCUAACUUUCUUUUCCAUAGUGUAAACACUUAUAGUCAUCAAAAAUAGUGAAUAAA